AUGAGCGUCGGCAUUGCUCCGUUGCAGCUGCAGAAACGAACGAGUGGCAUUCGCUGUGAACAGGAUGAGAUCGUGUCUCAUUCGAUUAGGCCCGAUUGGGCGCAGGGACCCGCACAGGGCCUGCAGAAGACAGGUAAGGCGGUGCGCUGUUCGCAAGGUGGUCAGGGAAAUUGGGCCGGUUGCAAAGAUGUGCCUGAAUAG